AGGAGGCACUUCCGGUCCAAACCGGAAGACCGUGAGUAGCUGCGGCGGGGCUGACCCAUCCUGAGUGCCAAAGCUGGGGUUCUACUUGAGAUUUCCCUCGUGGUGUCAGGGUCCGGCGAGCAUCACGCCGAAGCCCAUUUUCCAGACGACCACGACGAGACCGGGGUCACGAACCCUGGCGCCCCUUACCAGCUUCCAGUCUCUCGAGGUGGCCAGUGUGGUGCCUGGUCCUUAUUUCCGGGAUGGACUUCCCCCACUCCCUCUGCCCCGCGUUGUUUAUGACUGGACCCCUUGGUCUGAGCGACAUCCCAGACCUCUCUUUCAUGUGCAGCUGGCAACAUGCGCUGACUCUGCCAGAGACCCAGCCCCAGAACUCACAGAACGGGGCACUGCAUGUGACCAAGGACCUGCUGUGGGAGCCGGCGACCCCUGGGCCUCUCCCCAUGCUGCCUUCCAUCAUCGAUCCCUGGGACCCUGGCCUGACUGCCCGGGACCUGCUUUUCCGCGGAGGGUACCGGUAUCGGAGGCGACCCCGAGUCGUGCUGGAUGUGACUGAGCAGAUCAGCCGGUUCCUCUGGGAUCAUGGAGACGUAGCCUUUGCACCCCUGGGGAAGCUGAUGCUGGAGAAUUUCAAGCUGGAGGGAGCAGGGAGCCGCACUAAGAAGACAACAGUGGUCAGUGUGAAGAAGCUGCUCCAGGACCUCGGUGGACACCAGCCCUGGGGGUGUCCCUGGGCUUACCUCAGCAACCGACAGCGCCGCUUCUCUAUCCUUGGGGGCCCCAUCCUGGGCACAUCGGUGGCGAGCCACUUGGCAGAGCUGCUGCACGAGGAGCUGGUGCUGCGGUGGGAGCAGCUGCUUCUGGACGAGGCCUGCACUGGGGGUGCGCUGGCCUGGGUGCCUGGAAGGACACCCCAGUUUGGGCAGCUGGUCUACCCUGCUGGAGGCGCCCUGGACAGGCUGCAUUUCCAAGAGGUUGUUCUGAGCCCAGGUGACAGUCCCCAAUUCCUUGGGAACCCUGGACGCAUCCAGCUCCAGGGACCUGUCCGGCAGGUGGUGACAUGCACUGUCCAGGGAGAAACUCUGCUGGCCGUCCGCUCUGACUACCACUGUGCCGUGUGGAAGUUUGGUAAACAGUGGCAGCCAACCCUUCUGCAGGCAAUGCAGGUGGAGAAGGGGGCCACAGGGAUCAGCCUCAGCCCUCACCUGCCCGGGGAGCUGGCCAUCUGCAGCCGCUCAGGAGCCGUCUGCCUGUGGAGCCCUGAGGAUGGGCUGCAGCAAGUCUACAAGGACCCCGAGACCCUUGUGUUCCGGGAUUCCUCUUCCUGGCGUUGGGCAGACUUCACCGCCCACCCUCGGGUGCUGACUGUGGGUGACCGCACUGGAGUGAAGAUGGUUGACACUCAGGGCCCGCCGGGCUGUGGUCUGUUGCUUUUUCGUGUGGGGGCAGAGGCUUCGUGCCAGAAAGGGGAACGUGUCCUGCUCACCCAGUACCUGGGGCACUCCAGCUCUGAAUGCCUACCCCCUACUCUCCAUCUCGUCUGUACCCAGUUCUCUCUCUACCUAGUGGACGAGCGCCUCCCCCUGGUGCCGAUGCUGAAGUGGAACCAUGGCCUCCCCUCCCCACUCCUGCUGGCCCGACUGCUGCCUCCGCCCCGACCCGGCUGCGUGCAGCCCCUGCUCCUCGGAGGCCAGGGUGGGCAGCUGCAACUGCUGCACCUGGCUGGAGAAGGGGCGUCGGUGCCCCGCCUGGCAGGCCCCCCCCAGUCUCUUCCUUCCAGGACCGACUCCCUUCCUGCAUUUCCUCUGCUGGAGCCUAAGAUCCAGUGGCGGCUGCAGGAGCGCCUGAAAGCACCAACCAUAGGUCUGGCCGCCGUCGUCCCACCCUUGCCCUCGGCGCCCACACCAGGCCUGGUGCUCUUCCAGCUCUCCGCGGCGGGGGAUGUCUUCUACCAGCAGCUCCGCCCCCAGGCGGACUCCGACCACCGCAGAGACUCCAGGCCUCGCAGUGACACCGAGUCUGACUGUCAUGCCCCCACUGCUUCCUGGACCUCCCAAGACACUGCUGGCUGUAGCCAGUGGCUGAAGGCCCUGCUGAAAGUGCCCCUAGCUCCUCCUGUGUGGACAGCACCCACCUUCACCCACCGCCAGCUGCUGGGUAGCAUAGAGCUGCGGCGGGAGGAAGAGGAAGGGCAGCGGCCGGACGUGCUCCGCAAGGCCAUGGCCCAAGGGCGGCUCCUGCUGCAGAGAGACCUGGGCUCCCUCCCUGUGGCAGAGCCACCCCCUGCACCCGAGUCAGGCCCGGAGGACAAGCUCAGUGAGCGCCUGGGGGAAGCCUGGGCAGGCCGAGGGGCUGCCUGGUGGGAGAGGCAGCAGGGCAGGACCUCAGGGCCCGGGAGACAGCCCAGGCGGCCCAAGCGCCGGACCCAGCUGUCCAGCACCUUUUCGCUCAGUGGCCAUGUGGACCCCUCAGAGGACACCAGCCCCCCUCACAGCCCUGAGUGGCCACCUGCUGAUGCUCUGCCCCAGCCCCCUGUGACCCCACCCUCCCAGGAGCUGACUCCGGAUGCGUGUGCCCAGGGCGUCCCCGCAGAGCGGCGGCAGAUGCUCCGUGACUACAUGACUAAGCUGCCACCCCAAAGGGGCACCCCAGGAUGUGCCGCCACAGCCCCCUCCUCCCAGGCCUCCAGCGUCUGGACCACCCGCUCCCAGCAGCACACACCCGUCCUCUCUGGCUCUCAGCGCCCCCGGAAGAAGCCUCGAAUGGGCUUCUGAGGACACAAGGUGGGCUGCCCUCAAGCCCCAGAGAGCCCCUCAUCCUUCCUCCGGGACCAAAUGUGCCUUCUACAGUUGAAACUUAAGAAGCAGAGCUCGCCGGGCGCAGUGGCUCAAGCCUGUAAUCCCAGCACUUUGGGAGGCCGAGACGGGCGGAUCAUGAGGUCAGGAGAUCGAGACCAUCCUGGCUAACACAGUGAAACCCCGUCUCUACUAAA